GCAGGACGCAAACGUAGCUCCUAGACAGAGGGGGAGUAAAGAGGCAGGGGUAGAGGCAGAGAGCGCGUGUUCGAUUUCGACUACGAUUCCUCCUCCUCCUUCUUCUUCUGCGGUGCUGCGAUCUAUUCGAUACCCAUCUGCGUGAUCGGGCUUGCCCGUUUCGACGUUGGACGGGAACUUUGCCUCGGCGCUCGCUCGUUGCCCGACGGGAAAAAAAAAUGCAAACCGUGGUGGCGAACCGGCCCUGCUGCAAGUUCCACCGAACCCCAGAACCGCCAUCUUCUUCGUCGGCCGCCAAGAGCUCGAGGUUCCUUGGAGCUCAUGUAUCGCUUCUGAAGGGGAUUGGUCCGUUGCCGUGGGCGUCGUGCCGCUUCGUGCGGGUUCGGACUGCGGCUCCGAUGCGAAGACGAGUUGUGAAGGCUGUCGCUACGCCCGAGUCAAUGGUGGAACUUCCGCUGACAGCAGAGAAUGUUGAGAGUGUGCUUGAUGAAAUCCGACCCUAUCUAAUUUCUGAUGGGGGUAAUGUUGCAUUGCAUGAGAUUGAUGGCAAUGUUGUAAGGUUGAAGUUACAAGGAGCAUGUGGUUCUUGUCCAAGUUCUGUAAUGACAAUGAAGAUGGGCAUUGAGCGUCGUCUGAUGGAGAAAAUUCCCGAAAUCGUUGCAGUGGAACCAAUAGCCGAUGAAGAAGCUGGCCUUGAGAUGAAUGAGGAAAACAUAGAGAAGGUUCUUGAAGAGAUAAGGCCAUACCUUGUUGGUGCAGCUGGCGGAUCACUUGAGCUAGUGGCCAUUGAAGAACCAAUAGUUAAAGUUAGAAUAACUGGUCCUGCGGCUGGGGUCAUGACUGUUCGAGUUGCUGUCACGCAGAAACUACGAGAGAAAAUUCCAGCCAUUGCAGCUGUCCAACUUCUGUAAUGUCAUUGGAGAUAAUUCGUCAUUGAUGUAGCUUUUCCCACCUUGAGCUGCAGCAGUGGUUGAAGCUCUGCAUCCUACUUCAUAAUUGUAUGCCAGGCUGCACACAAGUUCGAAAGGUCGAUCUAUUCGGGAAUUUUCUCGAGUUAUUAAAUAAUAAUAAAAAAACAGCGAGAUUAUGGAAGGAAAUAUUCUCACAUUUAUUCUUACUGCAAUACUCAUUGUGGAAUUGAUCAA